AUGAAUCGUCCAGGACAACCCCAGCAGAGACCGCCGAAUCUCACUGCAAACCCAGCUCUUGCUAGCCAGUUUCGCCCCUCGUAUCCGACGUAUGGCAUGCCACAACGCAGCGUUCUUCCAGGAGCUGGCGGUUUUGUUCCAAACCUUCAACCGAACAACCAUCGAACGGCCACGCAGCAGCCCCAGGUUCAGUCAUUAACACCGCAACCGACACCAGGCUUUAAUCAACCUCGAGGACAGAGCGGCUACGCCUUCAGUGGGACAUUAGGACAACACCCGCCAUCAAGCUUACUCCAACAGCCACUACCGUCUCAACAGCAGCAGCAAUCGCAGCAGAAUGGCGCGCAGAAUACCAUUUCCUCACUGCUUGCACAGUCAUCGGCCUUGGGCGGAACGCCCUCAGUAUCGACAACAAGUGAAGUCGGAUUGGACCCUAACGACUUUCCAGCACUAGGCUCAGCGCCAACAAAUUCGAACUCUGCCAGCAACAGCAAUGGCACAGGCACAGGCGCUGCGACGAGUUACGCGAGCCAGGCAGGGACAGGAGUGAUGUUGGGCGGCACAGGUGGGCCAGGGGGCGGCAUUGCGAACUCGGGAACAACGACACAAACACGCGAUUUCACGCCAGACGACUUUCCUGCUCUCGGGGGACAGUCACAAUCAACACAACAGAGUCGAGAAGUGCUGCAAAAUCAAAGUUCAACGCAAGACAAUCUCUCGCAUCCCCCUGGACUCAACGGGUUCCAACCGUCAGAACAACAGCAAAUACGGCAAAAUAUGCUUGGUAGUCAUACAGCUGGCCUAUCUCAAGGAGGCUCAACGUUGUUGGGUCUAGGGUCCAAUCAGUCAAGAAACAUACAUCCUGGUUUUCAAGGGCAGGCCGAGACUGAGAAACAGCAACAGCAAAGGAACAACUACUCUUUGAAGUUGAACCAAGCGUCGCUCGCUGUGUGGAAUUCCUCCGGUGCCAAUACGAACACCCAGUCGCAGCAAUCAGGAAACGUUACUGGGCCAAAUGGCACAUUUUCACAAAGCCAACCGACGCAAGGGUCAACUCCGGUGACAGGCCCGACUGCUCCACCGAGUGGGCCACCACCUUUUUCAUCCAACGGACUGAAUCCGACAGACACACAUUCAAGUACCAGCAUACCUAAUCCAAAUGGAAGUUUAAAUCCUAUACCAGCGGCGAACAACACGGCCAAUUCAACGUCGUUGCAGACAACCUCAACGUCACACCUGCAACAUCCACAAACGCCAGCGCAGCAAGUGCUCAUCAGUGCAGCAGACCGUUGGGGUCUUUUGUCCUUAAUUGCGAUGAUGAGGAAUGCGGACACAGAUCCAGACCAUGGUUUGAGUAGUAUUGGGACCGACCUGGGUACAAUGGGAUUGGACAUGAGCUAUCCAGGAAACCUUUACUCCACUUUCAUUACACCAUGGGCAGACCAAUCAGCAGCGCGAACAGUUGAACCAGAUUUUCAUCUUCCAGCAUGUUACCUCAGCGUGCAGGCUCCACCACCUGGUCCCCAAAAGGCAGCCAUGUUCAGCGAUGAGACGCUAUUCUUCAUGUUCUAUUCGAGUCCUAGGGAUGCCCUCCAGGAAGUGGCAGCUCAAGAACUCUGGAAUCGCAACUGGCGGUACCAUAAAGAACUCCGCUUGUGGAUCACCAAGGAGAGUGGUACGUCGCCGUCACAGAAGGUCCAAGGAGGUGGUGGUGAACAGGGCCAGUACACUUUCUGGGAUCCGGAAAACUGGGUGAAGGAAAGGAAAGAAAUGACGGUGCUCUACGCUGAUCUCGAGGAGAAGUCUGUGCCGGCAUUCAUGAACGGGCCAAACCUCGUCCUGCAGCCUGUAAGCCAAUCGCAGACAAGCUCCCAGCAAGGUCCAAUGGGUGGGCAACCUCAAUUACCGUCAAGGGCAUCCUUCCAAAUGGGCAUGGCCGGCUUGUAG